AUGGCCGGCCUCGCGCCGCCGGGCUUCCCGGAGCGCACGAACAGCCGCCUGGACGUAUUCCUGCGGCGGCACCUGCCACCGGAGAUCUACGACGCCAUCCGCGCCUACGAGUCUUGCGUGGUAGUGUCCGACUCGGAGAACCGCACCUUCAAGUACGUGGUGCUCAGCGACCGAGUCAUCUACCUGACUGAGAACCCACCCAAGUCCAUUCGGCAAGCCGUAGCACUGCGGGACGUCGUGGCCAUCGAUCUGAUUGAUGAUUACCCAGAAUUUCUAACUGGACCAGACAGAGAAAUCAACCAACACAUUCGUAUUAUCUAUUCUUCAACUUCUUUGAAAAAAGAGUGUGAAAAAUCAAAAGGUGUCAGGAAAUUCCUAUUACCAUUUCAGCGUGUCAAUACUAAAAACAAAAAAGUCAAGGAAAGGAAUAAUGGUCCUGUUUUUUGGAGACUUAAAGAGCCCAGAAAUCUAACGGAAUCAUUUAUCAGGUACCACCAAGAGAAAAGCACAAGGUCCAAGGACUCAACUCUGUAUCCUAAUUCAGCCCUGAACAAACCGCCCCUUCCUGGCCAAGGUGCUUUUCGGCCCUUACCUACCCUCUCCAGGAGGAGCAGUCAGUUCACACCAGGGCGGGCAGUCACCGUGCCAUCUGAGGCAACAAGCACAAAAGAACCCCUGGGAUUUGUGGAUCACAAAGACUCUCUGGAUGAAAGCUCUGUGAAGUGUAGUGGGAACGGAAAUGAGUUUCAUUUAGGAAAUUCCUCCCAAGCCUCUCUUUUACAAAGUAACGGAAGCCUUGAGAAAAAGGAGUUUGAACUUCAUUUGUAUAUUGUUUCCACAACCUCCUCAAUAUUCCUGCACUUAAAAAGUUCAUGGAACAACUAUAUUAUAAAAGGUACACUCUUACAAGAUCCCAUGUAUGCUAAUGAAGUCACUUCUGCAAUUGGAAGUCAAAAGCCGUAUAGAUCAGAAGAGAAAAUUAAGCACUUCAGUCAACUUAAAUCUGAGCUCUUUCUUAAAGAUAAUACUUUGAGGAAGAUAUUUUGUUUAAUUACACAACUUAAAGUAGCAGCUCAGAAAAACUUCAUUCUGAAAAGGCUUUUCUGGAAAACCAGUGACCUUUUCUACUUCCUAGUGAACAAACUUCAUGAAUAUUUGCCAGAGUCCAAGGAUAAGAAUGCCAUUCAAAAUAAAAGCCAAAGGGUUGAUGAGCUGGUGGUGUGCAUUGAAAUUAUACAGACUCUGGGACUGAUGUUCAGAGAAACAGAAACUGAGUUAUCACGCUUGAACACAUUAGCAGCUAAGAAGGGAGCACUGUUUAAUCUUUUGAUCAUUUUGAUUAGUGAACCUCAGAUUCCAAAAUCUUCUCCUGUUUUUGAUAUCCAGCUGUUGGCCAGUUCAACUUUAGUUGAAAUGUCUUUUGAUGCUGAGUUACAGAAGCUUAUCCUGGAAUACACAGAUUCAGCUACAUCACUUUUAUAUGAGAUACUUCUUGUUUUCCAGCAGGGAAAUCUUGGAUUGGGAUCAACAGAAUUUGCUAUUAGUUGGAUGAUGUCCUUUCUGCAAAGUUGUCCACCCAUAAUUACUUUUCUGGCCAAUAUUGUGAAAAAAGUGGUGAAGGGGCUUUCAGCUUCACUUCAGCUGCUAAGUCCAUGCCAAGCAGUUCUUUUAUACCAGCAGUUUUCCAUCCUCAAGAGCUGCCUGCAGUACAGCAAGACUCUAGCUGAGUAUAUUAGAAAUGACUACAGAGAAGAAUUCAGGUACUUUAUUCAUAUACCAGCCUUGGAGAAAAAGCUCCCGUUGUGUUACCCGAUCACCCAACCUACUACUCAACUUAUUCACCAAGUUCUGAGCUUGGUUGAACAGAAGUAA